GGUUGUUUGUAAAGUAAAAGAUGUUCUAGAGGAGUAAAGUGUUUAUUAGUCCUAUUUUUAAUUAUUUUUAAUCAAAGAUAAUAUGGAAUUACAAAAGCCAAGUAAAACCAGUUUAUUGAAGUUGAUGAUUUUGCGCGCUUGGCGCGAACGCUGGAAUGUAGCCCUCUGGGGAAUCAACAUUAAACGGGUACUUCCUCGAGGAGUAAGUGGAGAUGCCUAUAACCUAGCUGAUUGUAUCCUGCAGCAAUCCUUGGUCGGUUCUAAUGCGAAUCCGGUAAGUUGAAUUAUUAUUACACAU